AUGUAUUAUUAUCACAACUCUGGCUGGGAUAACGAUAUUAAAAAUGCUAAUAAAGAUUUUAUUGAAAGCGGCAAUUUUAAUGGUUGUAUUAAUCUUAAAGAUUUGUUCGGUUUUUGUGAAGAUUACAAACGUAUUUUAAUAAAUUGUAACCAACAACUUAUAUUAAACAGAGCAUCACUGGAUAUAAAUGCCGUUAAGCAGUAUAAGAAUAAUGAAGUUGUCGCAGACGCUCCUAAACUAAAAGACGUGAAAAUAAACAUAACAAAAAUAUUAUGGAGAAUGCCCAUAGUCAAGGUCAGUGAUAAAGAAAAAAUAAGAUUGUUGAAAGUAGUAAACAAUCAGAAACCGUUUACAUGCGCGUUUAGAUCGUGGGAGUUGUGUGAAUAUCCAUUUUUACAGCAAAACACUUCGCAUUCCUGGAAAGUAAAGACAUCUAACAAAUUAGAAAAACCUAGAUAUGUCAUAAUCGGAUUUCAAACUGGUAGGAAAAAUAGCUCGAAUAAAACAAUGUCACAUUUUGACCAUUGUAAAAUUAAAAACUUGAAGGUCUAUUUAAACUCAGAAGUGUUUCCCUAUGAAGAUUUCCAAAGCGACUUUACCAGGAAUAAGUUGGCUACAUUAUACCGCGCCUAUGUAGAGUUUCAAAAAUCUUACUAUGGCCAUGACGAAGUGACACCUCUACUGAACCGAUCAGAUUUCAAAAAUCUGUGUCUGAUUAUAGUUGUUGAUAUGAGCAAGCAGAACGAUAAUGUAAAAAUGUCAACUGUCGACCUAAGGAUUGAACUAGAAGCAGACGAAGCGUUUCCAGCUUCCACUUCAGCAUAUUGUUUAAUAUUACACGACCAAAUUAUAACUUACAAUCCGUUUAACGGAGAAGUAAGAACCUUGUAA